AUACAAAGAGCACUCCCCCCCCUUCUCCGGUAACCAUUGUGCCCAACUCUUUCCAUUCGCAGUUCAAAACACCAUAUUAAGGUCAUCACCCACUGGAGCAGGAGAGAGAAACCCACACCCAGAGAGAGAGAGAGAGAGAGAGAGAGAGAGGCAUGAAGAGAAUGAAUGGCAUAGUAUACGCAGUGACAGAACCAAUAAAAAUCAGAAACAGAGUACUACUACUUGAAAAAACAAUGUCCGCGUGACGGAAUGAGAGGUUACCAGUACUCAAUCUAUACUCUCUCCUACGUAUCACUAAUCGACAGCUCAUCUAGCUGUUAGCUGAUCACCUCAACGCGCGCCCACAGUAUUCUUACCCCCCACAAACUCUUCCUUAAUGCGACUGCCAUUCUUCCCACCCAGUAGUACUACUACUACUACUACUACUUACCGUCACCGCACCCGCAUCAAAUUAUUCUCUCCUGCCCAAAUGGAGUACUGCCACUACCACGCCACCACUCCCCGCCGCCAACGCCGCAAAAUCGUCAUCAUCAUGGGGCCCACGGGGUGCGGCAAGUCCCGGCUCUCGAUCGACCUCGCCACGAGAUUCUUCCCUUCCGAAGUCGUAAACUCCGACAAAAUCCAAGUCUACCGCGGCCUGGACAUCACCACCAACAAGAUCCCAAUGCCCGACCGCCGCGGCGUCCCCCACCACCUCCUCGGCGAGAUAGUCGACCCCCACCUCACCCCCUCCGAGUACCGCUCCCUCGCCGCCAGGUCCGUCUCCGGCAUCUCCGACGGUCGCAAGCUCCCCCUGGUCGUCGGCGGCUCCAACUCCUUCAUCCACGCCCUCGUCGCGAACCGGUUCGACCCGAAUUCGGACGUCUUCCACGAAACGGAACCCGACCCCGUGUCGAAAGAUCUCCGGUACGACUGUUGUUUUCUCUGGGUGGACGUGGCAAUCCCGGUCCUGAACCAGUAUCUGGAGAAGAGAGUGGACGAGAUGCUCGACUCGGGAAUGCUCGAGGAGCUGGAGGAGUACUUCGACUCGGGCGAGUUCCGCGAGUCGGGCGAGUCGACCGGGCUGAGGCAGGCGAUCGGGGUACCGGAGUUCGAGCCGUAUUUCAGGAAGUUCCCAUCGCACACGAUUGGUACGAAUCGCGAGGUGGAUUCGAUGCGGAGGGCGGCGUACGAGGAGGCGGUUAGGGCGAUCAAGGAUAACACGUGUCAGCUGGCGAAGAGGCAGGCGGGGAAGAUCCAGCGGCUGAAGGGCGCCGGGUGGGACCUGCGGCGGCUGGACGCCACGGAGGUCUUUAGGGCGGCGAUGGGGGGGUUGGGCAGCGGGUCGGAUUCGGGUAGCGCGUCGGGUGUCUGGGAGAGGCAAGUCGUGGAGCCAAGCGUGAAGAUUGUGAAGCGGUUCUUGGCGGAGACAAGGAUGUUGAGGAUUCCUACAUUCCAUUUUGGUACCAUGAAAAGGCUAGGCCCUCUCUCUUGUCCUUAUCAGAGCAACUGCAGCCCUUAGCUACCUCGGGAGUGUGACACCUGGUCAAUUUUCAGGAGUGAUUAUGCAGUGCUAUUGGAGCACCGUUAUUUGACGCUUUCACGGAUCUUUUCCAUCACACAUUUAUGUGAGAGUCCAUGCGCUUGAUGGUGGCAGAGUCCGCGUAAAUGUAUGAGAAGAAGGCCCUUGGGCACCAAGUGCCGGUGCUUAGUGCUUCAGGAGCAAGUAAUAAUUUUCAAGAGAACAGAGUUUCAGAUCACAAGUUUGCUACUGAUCAGGGUUCCAUAAAUUCUGUAAUCUUUUGUUUCAUGGGUUUAAAUUAAGAGAUAUGUUGUCCAAUCUAGCUAUUGAACUCCCAAAGCCAUCUCCACAUGACAAAAACCCUUUUCCCUUUCUUCAUAGUUGUAAUUUAUGUUUAUGAUGAUUUUCUUUUCUUGUACUUUCAAAAAGAAAGAAGAAAUCUCAAGCACUUUGCCUCAUUGAACCA